UGACCUCGCUGCUGUACGGCGAGCUGCUGUCCGCCGUGUCCAACCGGACGCUCAGCGAGGACCAGACCAGCAAACUGAUGGAGGUCCUGAACCAGAAGGCCGGCGACUCCUGGCAGCUGGCUUGUCAGAAAGGAGACCCUCUGUCCACCCUGAAGAAGCAGCUGGAGGAGAAGGAGAAGCUUCGGACCGCCGAGCAGGAAGUUGCCGCCGCCGCCAAGACCCGCCUCAAAGAGCUCAGCAAGGAACUUGGUGCAGAGAAAUCCAAGAUGGGCUCUCUGGAUGCGCGUCUGAAGGCGGAGCUGAGCGCUCAGACUCAGAAACUGGACGCCAUGCGGGUCAGCAUGGAGGCCGGCGAGCAGGAGCACCUGAAACUCACCGAGACGCUGAACCAGAAGGUUGUUGUUCUGCAGGAGCAGCUGGAGAACGGGCCGAACGCUCAGCUGGCUCGGCUGCAGCAGGAGAACUCGAUCCUGCGCGACGCUCUGAACCAAGCGAGCAGCCAGGCGGAGAGCCGGCAGAACGCCGAGCUGGCCCGUCUGCGGAGUGACUGCCUGCACCUCAGCCGCGAGCUAACGGAGCGUAGCGACGCUCUGCGCGCCGACGAGGAGCGCCGCCGCGGCCUGGAGGCAAAGAUGGCCGCCGCCGAGCAGGAAGCAGCCCAAACCCGG